UUGAACAAUCUACUGACAUUACUUCCACUAAAACCAUCAUGGCAGACGUACUGAAAUUUAUUCGCGAGUACACCAUCGCAAAUAAAGAGAUUACUGAACGCGAUGACCAAGUUAUAUUUGGUGAAUUCUCGUGGCCGAAAGAUGCCAAGACAAACUACGGAGUUUAUGGAACUGGCAAAGACGCUGGUGAAGCCAAGGACUAUUACACUGUGGACUCCAUCUUAUUUCUUCUGAGACACGUCAAGCUUACCCAUCCUAACUAUGUGCGGCAGGCUGCCGCAGCAAACGUUCCUGUUGUACGUCGUCCUGACAGGAGAGGCUUGCUGGCCUAUCUGAAGGGAGAAACAGCCACAUCUGCCAGUAUCGACAAAAGUGCACCACUUGAGAUUGCUAUACAGAGACAGACUCAGGCCAAACGCACCACUGAUGACACCCAAAAUGACCCAUCUAAGAGAAUUCGCUUGGAGAUGGAACAAGUGCAGAAGGCCAAGGAACGACUUGCGGCCAAGCUGGAACCAUCCAAAGAGGGCGCUGUUGUCACCACAGAUCAGAUUAGGUCGCUCUCAGAUACCAUGUCCGUGGAAAAGAUCGCAGCCAUCAAGGCCAAGCUGAGAGCCAAGAAGCGAACUACCAUCAAAGUGGACGAGGACGACCUAGGCACGGGGAUCUUGGAGCAGCGUAGCUUCAUCGAUGCUGAGGUGGACGUGACCAGGGACAUCAUGAGUCGAGAGAGACUAUGGAGAACCAGGACUUCCAUCCUACAGAGCACUGGCAAGGAUUUCUCCAAGAAUGUCUUUGCUAUACUGCAGUCUGUGAAGGCACAGGAGGACGGCAAACAGACAAAACCUACCACGCAGCAAAGAACUGAACAAACUCCAGCUAUUCAGCAGGAUCCUCGGAGGAAGCUGACCACUCAAACGCAGUACAAUCGUUACGAUCAGGAGAGAUUCCGAGGAAAAGAAGAAACCGAGGGCUUCAAAAUUGAUACCGGAGGUACAUACCAUGGCAUGACACUCAAAUCUGUAACGGAAGGGGCCAGCGCUCGCAAGGCUCAGACCCCAGUCCAGCCCCCACGGCGAGAGAUCACCCCCCAGCCCAAGCCGCAGACACCCCAGAAGCGCGUCUCUCGUACCCCUAUCAUCAUCAUUCCAGCUGCCACCACAUCGCUCAUCACACUCUACAACGCCAAGGACAUCUUGCAGGACUUGAAGUUCUGUACAUCGGACGAGAAAAAGUCCCAAGGAGCUCGCAAGGAGAACGACGUCCUAAUACAACGACGAAAGGACGAUGGCAGCUCGGUGCCUUACAGGGUGGUUGACGCAGUCAACAAGCUCUCUCCCCAGGACUGGGAUCGUGUCGUUGGUGUGUUCGCUCAGGGUCCUGCUUGGCAGUUCAAGGGUUGGCCCUGGCUUCUCUCCGAUGGCUCCCCCGUCGACAUCUUUGCUAGAAUUCGUGGCUUCCACAUCAAAUUUGACGAGAUGAAACUGGACCCCAACAUCAAGAAGUGGAACGUUCACGUUUUGGUGGUCAGUCGCACCAAACGCCACCUGGAUCGGGCCUGUCUCCUCAAAUUCUGGGAGAUAUUAGACAAGUACAUGAUCAAACACAAGUCACAUCUGAGAUUCUAAGACACAUCCGUAGGCAGAUGCCACCAUGGACCACUACUUCCUACGACUGACAAGAUCCAGAUGAUUUUGAAGCGUAGGAUGUAGUCUGUCCACUUUGCUCCUGGGUGUUCAAGGGCUUCGUUACGAUUUACAGCAACUGCACAGUUUGCAGUUACAUCAUGCCCAGGGGUAGGAACUGAUGUACAAGUCACAGACAGCGCCUAGUCUCUGGACAUGCAGUGGCUACAUCUGUGGUCAGAGCGAUGCUUAGAGCAAGGGUAAAAAAUGGGAUGAGCACUUGUCAGUGUUCUUGGAAAUAUUUUCGUACCAAAAUGCUCAAAAUAUUGAUUUUGUUUUAGUUUCACCAUGUUUGCAUCUGUGUAUUGUUCUAUUCCAAUUUAGAAUAUUAUUGACAAUUGAAAGUUGUACAAAAGGGAAUAACUUUAAAGAUUUUGAUGCAUUGAAGAUGUUUCUAAAAGCACUCUGGCAUUUUCUCAAUCUUUUUUUUUUUUAAACGAGGGCCCUACAUUGAAGCAAGAGAUUUAUUCCCCAUUUUCUCAAACGUACCAAAAAGCAAAGUAUCUGGCAGCCAUUUUGUAAAAAUAAAAAUCAUUAAAUCUACUUCAUGGAAUAAUUGGUUGGUUUUACCACAGUGACGUACAGGGUAGUUUUGGUGUACCACAAAUCGACGUACCGUCCGUAGACUUUGUUGGUGCAGCAACUAGCCCUGAUACAUCAGCGAAUCGAAUAUGGCGCCUUGAAGACCACACCCCCUUUAAAACGUUUGUGUUUUCCAGUUUAUUUCAACUCCAAUCUAGUUUUUUUUUUUCACAAAGCAGUUUUCAUCUUUUCCCUCCAGCGGAAAAGCCAUUUGUAAAUAGUCAUUUUGUAUUGUAUCAUAUGCGUAUACAUGUAGAUGUAGGGUAGUGAAUUAAAUCAUGUAGGAUGGCAGUAAACAAUAUUUGAAAUCAGUCAGAUUUGAAAUGGGUUGCCAGAAAGAGGUCCAAAUUUCAAUCUUGACUCUCCAAAUUUGCAUGACAUCCAUGAUGUAGCCAUUUCUGAUGUACAGACUGAACAAAUGUACCGUUUCAUCCUGGCAAUGAUUGGAUAUUUAUCCCCAAUUUGUACCAUAAUUGAUCUCCAAUGUGUUCUCAGCAGUAACACAUAAAUGAUUGUGCACUGUACCACCAACCCUGUAUAUUAACCAUUAAAAGAAAGUGUUUCCAUUCAAGCA